AUGACGCGAUAUCUGACUAAAGUAAGGGACACCUUACAAUGGUUCACUGAAUGGACAAUAAAAAAAAUUAAACGAACUGAAAAUGGACGUGUCGACGCCCUGGCAGGCAUAGCUGCUUCCCUCCUCAUCAAAGAAGCCAUAUUAUUGCCUAUACAUGUGCAAACCAACCCUUCUGUCGCGGAAGCCUCCACUUGCAAUACCAUUGAGGCAAACCAAGCAGACGACCAAGAGUGGAUGGAAGACAUUAUAACGUACCUCCGAAAGGGCACUUUGCCCGAAGAACCCAAGCAGGCACACAAGAUCCGGGUGCAAGCCUCCCAUUUCACCCUGAUCGAGGGGCACUUAUACAAACGGUCAUUUUCAGGUCCCUAUCUCAGGUGCCUAAACCACUCAAAGGCCCUGUAUGUAUUAGCUGAAUUGCACGAGGGGGUAUGUGGAAAUCAUUCUGGAGAUCGAUCUCUGGCGCACAGGGCCCAUUCGCAAGGGUAUUACUGGCCCACGAUGAAAAAGGAUGCGACAACCUAUGUCAAAAAAUGUGACAAAUUUCAAAGACAUGCCCCCAUACCACAUGUGCCAUCAGAGAGGUUGAAACCAAUUUCAGGCCCCUGGCCCUUUGCGCAGUGA